AUGCCGGGCCUCAGUGCGUCAGAGCUGCCACCGGAGGCGCUCCACGCUGGGGACACGAUAGAGUAUUUAUCCCGUGCCUUUGUCUGCGGCGACCACCGAGGGUAUCGUCGCGCCGUCGUCACCUGUGUCGACGGCGGUGACGACGUGGACUUCCCCGUCACUGUAAGCACUGAGGAACCGAUACCGACGGACAUGAUGGUCAAGAAGGUGGCAAACUGCCUCGGCAACCCCCUGGCACGCGUCAAGACAAAGUGGCGUAAGGUUCGGACGUUUGAGUUGGUCCCAGGAACUUUUUCCGCUCCAACGAGGUCCAGUGCGCUGAAUAGUACCCUACAAGCGGCUGUCGCAGCGGCAUACGAGGCCGUUCGUAGAGAACGUGAACAUGUACCCGAGGAUAUCGUGCUGGAAACGCCACCGAGCAGCGCAAGCAGCUCCCCGAUCACGCAGACAAACCAAAGCCACGUCGUGGCACCCAGCACCCCGCCGCGUGUCUCUACUCCGGAUGCGGUAUUUGCAGGACGAUCUACGGUGUCAGGUGAAUGUUCUCCAUGUGAGGGGACUCUGGAACGUCAGCGGUGA